GACUGGAGAACAGAUGAAAUUUGUUGUUCCGCUUUGGAAGUUCCUUUUAGCUAUGAAUAAAUAAUCAGUUUCACGUUUGACACUAUCUCCUGAUUGUUAUUAAUAAGUGUGAAAUGUAAGAUAGUAAAUAAUGUCAUGCUUGCCAGUCUUUGUAUUGCUUUUGGAAAUUAAAGGUACAAACGUCAAACACUGACGUCACAGUAAGCAACUACUGCUGUGAAAAUGGCUACCGAGGAAAGUCCGUUUGGUGCUUUUCUCGAGAAAUCAUGGACAGAAUGGUACGAACACAUUAAGGAUGGACAAGUUUCGAGUGAUGAGGAAGAAACUCCUUCAGGACCAUCGGGAGACUGUAUGCGGCUUCCGAAGGAAGACAUGGGGUUGUUCGGCCACUGUCCAGAGAGAGACCCGUUUUAUACUGUUGUCUGUGAACAGUGUAAGGCACUGGUGAAACCUCAAGGCCUGCGGAGCCAUAUGGAAAUAUGGCACAGACCGAGGCCUCCAGAUGCUCCAGUGCCAACACCAGAACCGGUCGAGAAAGUUCUGGCAAACAGAUUGCCCUCCACAAGCAAAACAGGAGCUGGAAAUAAAUCGGGGGCUGGAAAUGUAAAAUUGAAGGUGAAGAAACCUUCCCAGCCCACAGUUUCAACAGGUCAUCCCCCUUCCGCAGCAGCGGCGGCCGCGGCGCCCGCGCCCCCCACCCCCGCCCCUCCUCUGGGGGCGGUGCCGGUGACGCUGACGCUGACAGUGCCGGUCUCGGUCCCUGUGCAGGUCCCAGUGCCGGCUCACGCGGCCGCCGCCUUGGCAAACGACCCCGACCUGGGGCCACCCGUAGCUUCAGUAGCUCCAGGGCCAGACGCAGUUCUGGAAACCAUUCCCGUUGUAAUAGAGCCUGCAAAAGCACCCGUACGGACUCACUCACCCCCCAUUCGGCAGUCUCAGCAGAAGAAAAGACCUCGAGUAUCAAGGGAUCGAGAGUACGAUCCAGACAAGCAUUGCGGUGUGUGGAAUCCAGAGACAGGAAGACCAUGCACUCGCUCCCUUACGUGCAAGUCUCAUUCCCUGUCGAUGCGGCGCGCAGUGGCGGGCCGCAGCCAAAACUUCGACAGACUGCUGGCAGAACACAGGUCUGCCAAAGAAGCUUUAGGGCGAAAGGGAAAGGGGGCAGGAGCAUCCCUUGCACCCUCCGCCGCAGUCCGAGGCUCAGUGCAAGGGCGGUCUCCAGCUCGGCAUCGGAGUCAGUCACAGAAUGCAGUACCCAGUUCGGCUGGCAACCAGUUAAACACGUCUCUUCCCAUAAGAAGCGAAGGAAACGUCGUACUAGGUGAAAUGCGACUGAAUCAUGUGGUUGCUCCUUCAGUACAGGCCAUCCAAAAUGUAAUUACCCCAACACCAGAAACUGCGGAGAGCAUUUUACGGACCCAGUCUACAACUACCUCAAAGUACCCACUUAUUGCAACUCUUGCAAGGUUCACCCCAACAGUUACUGUGAAAGCGCAAGAAGACAAUGUUGUUGCAUAUUCUCGAAAAGCUGAGGAUGGCUCGUGGGUGACCACAGUUGCACCAAAGCCUGUUGCAGUGGUUUCGCUCACCUGUCGAAAGCAGGGUGUUGUGAAGUUUUCAAGCCGACGUCCAGAUCAAUCAAGAAAUGGCCUGCAGACUGCAUUAACAGAAGGAGUUGUCAGAGUACCAAUGACCAGUGAGAUAUACAGCAUUCAGCUGAACAAUGCUACAAAUCAUGCAGCAUCUACGAUGAAAUCUGUCCUCACAAACAUUAGCACCAAACCUAGUUUGUUAGGUGCAAACACACUUCUAUUAAACUCAGCAAUGAAUCACGUGCCAAUUCUUCCCAAUAUAACACGUAAGAACCAGAAUUCUGGUACUCAGAAUAGUGCUAAUAGCUUUAAAAACAUUUUUGCCAAAUGUGUUACGACUAGUGCAAAGACUGUGGGUAACUCAAAACCAUCACUUGUGAAGACUGGUCAGUUUCAUAUGCCAAAUAUUCUUAGUGCAAGUCUGAAGAGGCCUACAGAGACAUAUAAAUCUAGUGCUGAAGCUAAGAGGAAAAGAAAAAAUACAACUGUAAAUGCCGUUGAAGUUAUGACCAGUUUGUUGGGAAAAAAACCUGCUGGUACUCCAACAUUUGCUUUAACUACUCCUCUCAUAAAGGUUUCACUUCCUAGUGGAAUUACUGCAAACUGCAGUCAACCGGAAGUUGUAAACUCAAAUUCUGUAUUCAGCUCACAAACAACCAGUGCUGAACAGCCGAAACCUAUUAUGACAGUUGCUUCGUUGCCUGAUGUAGUGAAAGCAUCAUCUGUAAAAGGUGUAACACAGAAUGUAAGAAUAGCAGCAUCGAGUAGUGCUAUCCACGUACCAGCCAACUCUAUAGCCUACCUGACUGCUGGACCUGUUACAUUUCAAAAAAUACCAGUCCUCAGCCCUCAGGCAUUUGUGUUUCCGGCCUUUGGGAAAGGUGCUCUCCGCAAUAACAAGCAGAAACGACUCGUUGAUGAGAACACCAUUUGCUGCAGAGCUGCUGAAGCAGAAGGUACUCAGCAGCAAGGUCACUGUGUAGACUGCUGGCCAAACAACACAUGGUGUCACACAUGUUAAUUCAAAACUUGUCUGAUUUUCAGGAUUCUGACAAAAUUUCACUCCAUAAACUGUAAUUAAGUUGCUCUAAUUAAAUUAAAAUUUUAUGUGGAACUGUCAAAAUUUCUUUGUCAUUUUUUACAAUCAUGUAAAUACUUUCCAGAUUUAAGAAUUUUGUAGAAGAUUCUUUCUUUUGUAUUUUUGGUUGAUAAUGUUCCAAAAUAAUUUUUUUGAUAAUUUUCUUAAAGAGGUUGAUGAUUCUGACUAAUACUGGAACUGAAUAAUGUAUUUUAAAUGUUCCAGCCCUUAGAUUGUCAGCAAAUCUUACGUGAGCUUUAUGUGUUGGAAAGAUGAUGGGUAGAUGCCAACUUCUGUCAGAAACAGUAUUUAUUUUUGUUUGCUAGGCUGAGUAUUUGUGUAGUGGCGAACUUGAGGUUUGUGCAUUCUGGAGUGUAUAAUGAGACAGUAUUACUUGUGUGUUGUGUAUCCUGGCAGUAUUUAAUAACUGCAUUAUUGCAAAUUUCUGUUUUUGUUUAUAGUCAUAGGUGCUUUAGGUGUUAAGAUAAAGAAACUAAUAAUUUUAUAAUGUUGUUAUUCAGUUGUCCACAGAACUGGCAAUAAUGGGCAUCUUACUUUUGUGGCUUACCCUUUAAAACAAGUGGUCUUUGAACCUGUUCCUAAGAAAGAUUGCAAAUUGUCACCUUUUGUUAGAUGCAAAUAUUAAGAUUAUAACCACCGUCAUUGAUAUGUGUUUGCCAGACACUUUUGUGUAUUUUUUUAUUUGCAAAUCUUGUUUGCAUAUUCUGAAGUCUGAAAUAUAAUGUUGUAAAACCGAAGCAAUGAGUUCACAACUCAUAAAUUUUGGUGUUGUACUUUGUACAGUUGUAUUCCAUAGUGAUAGGAGAUUGAACUACAAUUGUGUAACUGUAUAGUGAUUAAAUAUUUAUUUUUUGUAUAGUGUCUUGUUUUCACCUGUAAAUGUCUGUUUAUAAAUGUGCGUUUAAAUGUUAUCGAUUUUUUUUUUUGUUGUUGUUUGUUGGUCUCUCUCUCUCUCUCUCUCUCUCUCUCUCUCUCUCUCUCUCUCUCUGUCUGUCUGUCUGUGUGUGUCUCUCUCUCUGUGUGUAUCUGUGCGCGCAUGUGCGCUGACACACACAGAGAGAGGAUCAUUCAAUUCUGUGUACACUGCUUGUGUAUGUACAUAGUGUAGAAAAGAAAGAGAAAUAUUUGUUGUCCAGGAUUAACCUGAAUUGUUUGUGGAAGAAAUAUUAAAUGUGAAUAUUGAAAAUUACAUUUAUCAGUUUGUAUUCUGUAUUUGGCAUUUAGUGUAUCUCUUUGUCAGUCUUUCACAGGUGUUUUGACAUUUUCUUUAAAGUUCAUAAUAUGUUACAACAGAGUAUACUAAGUAGUAUACCAGCAUGACUUCGGAAAUUAAUAUGAAUUGAAACAAUGUGUAAAGGAAGGCAAUGUUUGCAUAAAAUGUGCAAUGUAUUUCCUAAGAUAAAAAAUAUAUGUGUGUUUACAUACUUAAAGAUCACAUACUGCAUGGCUAAAAGUAAUUUUGCGCAGUUGAAUGUACUCUUGUAAACUUACUUUUUAAAUUUCUUUAUUAUUAUUUUUUGGCCAGAUAAUAAUUACAUUGAGGCUGGUGCAGUUGCAUUAAAGACAUUCUUGCUUUCUUUCCUCAUGGUGAUCGUUUUACACACCAUUGGUGCAAGUACCUUGACACAUUGUGCUAUUUACCUGUAAUGGAGCACCUAGUGUGCAGAAACCAUUCCUGAAAUGCAGAGUAAAAUAUUCACUCAUGUAUACUGAAUUCAAUGCUGUUCUACUUGUACUUGAAAUUGUGGCUUCCAAAAGCCUUUUACUGUGUCUAGGUUAUUAAAGUGUUAAUGUUUCCAUA